AUGGCCUCGGGAACUACUGCAUCGGCAGCACCGGGGACACCUGAUAAGAUGUCACGGGCAGCAUCCCCAGAGUCGCCCCAGUUCAAGCUCAGGCCGGCCGAGUCGACGACGGACGGUGCUCAGCCGUCUGCUGAAUCCGACAGCGCCGGUCCGGAUGCUACUUCAUCUUCUGUCCCUCAGACAGACGCAGAGGCUAACGCUACACCCCAGGACAUAUUCCUCAUGUUAAACGCAGUGCAACAACUGCACCAGCAGGGCCAACAGAGCCAAGCAAAUCCGGGAGCUGGUUCCCACAACGAUGCACCAGAAGAGGCUGCCCCUGGGUCGCCCACUCAGCAAGGUACUCCGCCACCGUUGCAGGACUUACAGCUUGAUCCAGCUCUCAUGGGUGGUUCGGGUGUACCUGCCGGUCAGCAACCACCUGGUGUGCCCCCGCAACAACAACAUCUAUCUCAGCAACCACCUCACCCGCACAUCCCACACCCACACCACCCGCACAUGCACCACCAGUCUCUAAUCUACCACCACCCGCCACCUCAAUAUAUUCCAUCAGGAUAUCCUCCUCCGGGCGGGCACACGAUGCCACCGCCUCCUGAGCUCCAGCAGCUUCCCCAACAGCCUGUACGUCCAACUCGUUCUGGUCGCGCUGGGACGCUAGCUCAGGGGGAUUCACAGUAUGAAGACGACGGUGAAGAUGGUGAUAACAGCGCCACAUUCAUGGAUCCCAACGGACAGCCUUCCUCUGGCCCUGCAGAAGAGGCCGCACCCGCUCAACCAGCAUCGGGUGGCAAAAAAGGCGGCAAAUGGGCUGCACAAGACACAGUCGAUUGGCAACGCAAGCGAAAGGAUAAUCAUAAAGAAGUUGAACGUCGACGAAGGAGCAAUAUUAACGAGGGUAUCAAUGAACUUGCUAGGAUAGUUCCCAAUGUCGGUGCUGAGAAAGCCAAAGGAGCUAUCUUGUCUCGCUCGGUUCAAUACAUUCAUGAUCUGAAAGAAAACGAGGCGCGCAACAUUGAAAAAUGGACGCUUGAGAAAUUACUCAUGGAUCAGGCGAUGGGAGACCUACAGGCCCAGCUUGACGAAAUGCGCCAGCGUCUCGAGGAAGAACGUCAAAAACGAGAACAGGUCGAGGCCCAACUUGCUGAGGUUCUGCGUAUUCAACAGGAACGCGCAGGUGAAGAGCCCUCUGCCAAGCGAGCCCGGGUUGAAUGA